GAUGAGCGGCCUGAUGGGAGUUCACGACGAAGAGCAACUGGCGGCGGCCGUCAGCCGAGCGAUGAUGCCUUUCCAGGACUCCAUCAUGACGAAGAUGCACAUGAUGGAGGAAACCAUGCAGCGGCAGUUGGAUGCCAUGCAGGAGGCCAUCUCCCAGAGGAUGGACUUCUCCCAGGUCUCCCUCUUGCAGACCGUCAAUGCUUGCCAAGUGCUGCUCCACAAGUUGGACUCCUCUCAGGAAGCUGUCAUCCAGAAGAUGGACACUCAGAAGACGACGGUGGACCAAAUGGUGAAUUCCUACGGCAACCUGGUGACCAACAUCGCAGGUGCCAGCGAGAGCACCAAGAGCGCGCUUCUGGACACGGUCAACACCUCUUCCUCCGCUCUCCUGAAGAAGCUCGAUGCCACGCAGCAGGACCUGCUGAAGCAGAGCCACGAGUCGCAUGCCGUGCUCGAGGGCGUUGCGGCCAGCCAGACCACUCUUGCAAAGAAGGUCGACUCAGGCAACGAGUUCACCCAGCGCCGCUUGGUUGACAUGGAGGGCUGCAUCGAACGCAAGAUGACCGACGUCAGCGACAGCCUUUCGCGAUCUCAGACACAAUGUUCCGACAAGAUGCUCUCCGCCCUGCGAGGGGACCUGGCCACCUUGCAGGCUCAGGGCAACGCCAUGGCGGUCGCCACGGAGAAGUCUUCCAACACACAAGAGGAGCGCAUGGCUGAUGUCCGCCGUCAGAACAUGAUGAUCAUGGACAUGCUGACGAAUGCACAGGAGACGAUGCACUCCAGCGCCGAGAGCUUGCAGAGCUUCACGCGCGCCGAGAUCAUGCGAGAUUCUGCCGCCAACAUGGAGAUGCAGCUGCGUGAGGUGAUUGUCAAGCAGAUGAACAACCUGCAGGAAGCUUUCCUCGGGGAGGGAGAUGAAGGCGCCAAGCAAGGCUCCUUCAAGGCGGCCGUCGGCUCCAUGGUCGAUCGGUUGGAG